AUGAGGUACUCGUUUUUUACCUUGUGUCCUGACCGAUCUUUUCUAGGUCUCAUUGCCAACGCUCUCUACGAAUCAGCCUUGAAAUUCUCACCGCCGGUGCUCUCCACUUCUCCACUACCCGCCGAAUCAGACCCGUCGGUGCUCUCCACUUCUCCACUUCCCGCCGAUUCUCACUGCCAAAUCAGAUUCCUUCUCCCCUUCCCAAACCAAUUUCCUGUAAAGCUUCAAGUGCCACCACCUCCGUCGUAUCUCUCCUUUGUUAAUCCUCUCAGUCAUCUCCUUAACCGCCAUAGCCUUCACUCGAACCUCAUACCAUCCUUCGUCUCCUCCAUUUUUGGGUUGUUUUAG